AUGGCUGACUACCGGCAGCCUCUUCUGUCUCCAAGAUCGGAGGACAUAGAUGACCAUGAGCAGCGCCUUGUUCAGAAAAGCGCCGCCACUGCCGAGGCUUCAUUCGCCGUCGGGGCAGGUGACAUUCAGCCGAUCAGAAGCCUCGGGGAUUUCUCGAGAGAGUUCUUGGCGGAAUCCGGCAGGCUGUGGUUCCUGGCUGGCCCCGCCAUCUUUAUGUGCCUCUGCCAGUACUCCCUGGGCGCAGUCACCCAAGUCUUCGCCGGCCAAGUCGGCACCCUCGAGCUCGCCGCCGUCUCCGUCGAGAACUCUGUCAUCGCCAGCUUUUCCUCAGGCACCAUGCUAGGAAUGGGAAGCGCCCUGGAGACGCUCUGCGGGCAAGCCUACGGAGCAGGACAGCUGGACAUGCUGGGAGUCUACCUGCAGCGCUCCUGGGUCAUCCUUCUGGCCACUUCACUCCUCCUCAGCCUGCUCUACGUCUUCGCCGGCCCAUUCCUCCUCCUGAUCGGGCAAGAGGCGUCACUCUCAGCCGCCGCGGGGGUCUUCACGAUCUGGAUGCUCCCGCAGCUGUUCGCCUUCGCGUUCAACUUCCCGAUGGUGAAGUUCCUGCAGGCGCAGAGCAAGAUGGCGGCGAUCGCGGGGAUUGCGGCGGCGGCGCUGGUACUCCACGUGGCGCUGAGCUGGGUGCUGACGCUGGAGGUCGGGAUGGGCGUGGCGGGGCUGGCGGUGGCGCUGAACGUGUCGUGGUGGUUCAUCGACGUGGCGCAGUUCGCGUACGUGGUGAGCGGGAGGUGCGGGAGGGCGUGGAGCGGGUUCACGUGGAAGGCCUUCACCAAUCUGUGGGGGUUCGUGAAGCUGUCGCUUGCGUCCGCUGUUAUGAUUUGCUUAGAGGUUUGGUACUUCAUGGUGUUGAUAUUGUUUGCGGGCUAUCUCAAGGACGCUGAAGUUGCUGUGGAUGCUUUGUCCAUCUGUAUGACUAUUGUGGGGUGGACCGUCACAGCGGCUUUUGGAAUGAAUGCAGCAGUCAGCGUCAGAAUUUCCAACGAACUAGGCGCAGCUCAUCCGAGAACAGCAAAGUUCGCGCUUGUGGUCGCGGUGAUAUCCUCAUUCAUGGUCGGCAUUGCCCUUGCACUCCUUCUCAUCCUUACCAGAGACCAUUACCCUGCUCUCUUCUCCAACGAUCUAGCAGUGCAGCGAGUCGUCACCAAAAUGACUCCUUUGCUGGCUCUCUGCAUCGUUCUCAACAACGUUCAACCUGUUCUCUCAGGUGUGGCGGUCGGGGCUGGAUGGCAAGCAGUUGUGGCAUACGUGAACAUUGCUAGUUACUAUUUGUUUGGAAUUCCAUUGGGACUGAUUUUGGGCUACAAAUCUGAUAUGGGUAUCACAGGUAUUUGGUUAGGGAUGAUGGCCGGAACGGCGGUGCAAACUCUUGUGCUUUACUGGAUGAUCUAUAAAACUAAUUGGAAUGAAGAGGCUUCUAAUGCUGGAGAUCAGAUAAGGAAAUGGGGAGGCGACAAUUCUCUCAACGAGACUACUAAUGAUGUGGUUAUUGUUAAUUAA